AUGGGAAAUCAAUGUUGCAGUGGAAGGAGCAGAGUGCCGACCACAAAUAUUCCUGAGGGUAUUUUAGAAAAGCAUUCUUUAGAAACAAAUAGGACCGCUAGCACAAGAAAUACAUGGACGUUAAGGUAAAAUAUAUAAAGAUCAAGAGAAGUUGAAAGCGUUCAGAUUUCAACUGAAGAUAAUGCGCUAAAAGUAAUUAGCGAAAAUGAAGGUAGAAGCAGCCCAACUAGAAGUGGAAGAUGCCCUUAUUGCAAUUCAACACAAACAAUAACCAGCAAACUGAAGCAUCUAGAAUGCACCAGCUGCAAACAAAUCUGUAUGCAAGACGGAUGCACUUCAACUCUCUAUAAGUAACUUCCACAUAGAGUCCCUCCUGGAAGCUCUUUAUUCAGAUUCAAUUCCCCUAAACGGAACGAAAAUUCCUAACCUUCACCAUGUCUUAGUCUUAGUCUUACUCCCCCCCUCCGUGAGUGAACAAAAAAAUUUUGUUCACUUACGGAGGUUAAUUUUUUUUUUUUAAAAAAAAUUAUAUAUAUAAAUUUAUAGAAAUUUUUUUUUUCGAAAUUUAAAAAAAUCCUAAUUUGCGAAAAUUGGGAAGCAAAUAUGAAUUUAAUUUAUAAAAUUUAUGUUUUAAAAACGCAAUUUGUUUAAAAUUAAACAGAAUUAACUCUAGAAUUCAUUAUACUAGUUAUCACUUAUAUAUCAAAAUUUUUUUCCAUUAAAAAUUUUCUAUUAAAAAAUUUUUGUUCACUCACGGAGGGUGGGUUUUUGGUCAAAAAAUAGGGAUUUUUCUAAUGGUUUUGUUCACUCACGGAGGGGGGGGAGUUAGUUAAAUUUAUAGAGUAGCUCCCGGCCAGGACCGAAGGUCCUUUUCUUCCGCCUUUUGGACGCAUCGCUUGCUUUCCUUGCCCUGCUCCCAGUGUGCACCUAAGUGCCACAGGCUACCACUCAGCUCCUUCCGGUCAUGGGACUUGGUCAUGCUAUCCCGGAAGUAGGCGAACUGGGUCACCGUGCUUCACGUCGCCAGACUAGGGUUAGAGCUAAGGAUUAACUCCUUAGCUCUUGUUGGCUCCUGCCAUGCCCUCCAAAUUGGCACUAGCGGUCCCUAAAGGAAAAACCCUUUUUGCCCCGUGUCAUAUCUGGACGACCCUAGGAUCAUCGUUGCUGGACUGGAAGGGAAACUUAGCCGGACACAAACUACCAGUACCCAUUCCAGACCUUUCCCUGGGCGGAUUGGCUUCAGGCUGCAGCAAGGUCCCCAAUCUCGCCACAGUUCCGGGAGAGGACGGGUCGGUGUCGUCGCCAUUUUAUUUGUGUUAA